GUUUCAUAUUUUAUGUAUCCUUUCCACCGAGAGCCACUUAACUAUUCUUUGUUUUUGUUUUAAAUCAGGGGUACCUUUUACCAGAUCAUCAACCACAAGCUGUACAGACAAAGAGAUUGCAUGUUUCCCAGUCGAUGUAAGGGCAUUGAACAUUUUAUCUUAAAGAUUAUUGAUAAGUUACCUGACAUGGAGAUGGUAAUUAACACAAGAGAUGUGCCACAGGUUCACAAGCGUUUUGGUGAAAAGAUGCCAAUUUUUUCUUUUAGUAAGACUAAAGAAUACCUGGACAUCACUUAUCCAGCCUGGACUUUCUGGGAAGGUGGACCAGCAAUUGGCUUGUACCCUACUGGGCUUGGCAGAUGGGAUUUACUGCGCAACUCCAUCAUGGCUGUAGCCCAAGAAUGGCCCUGGGAAAUUAAAAAACCUCUGGCAUUUUUCAGAGGGUCUCGCACAAGCUCAGAGAGAGAUGCACUCGUAUAUCUAUCAAGAGAGAACCCAGACAUUGCUGAUGCCCUAGUACCCAAAAACCAAGCCUGGAAAUCAGAUGACUUUUGUAUUUAA